AACCAACAGUAACUCUAAGGGGCGGUGUCCUGACAGACUGAUAGAGGAGAGCUGGUGCGCACACAGGCUCCACUUUUACGCAUCACUUGUUCGUGUAGGUGUCCAUACAGACGUUACCUCGUUUUCUUCGUAAAUAGGACCAUGUUGGAUUCUAUAUAGGAAAUACAGCCUGUGUCUUAACGUAAUUCAGUUUUAAGCACCUUCCAAAGUGUGGCAUACACCAGCGGAGUGUGUGCGUGCGUGUGUGUGUGUUAGUGAGUGUGUGGAGUAAGAGGACCCGGAGAAGUUUCCGUCAUGGGAGCGCAUGGAUGGAGCUCAGCGCGUCUUGGGUUUGUCGUUUGUGGAUAUUUGUCGUUUUUCUGUGGGGAGAUUGUUCCAGGGGCUGAAGCGGGCUGCAGGGAGAGGGAGAGCCCAAACUGCUGCACCGGCCGGAAUAACGAAUGUUUUGAGUACACCAAGAGAAAGACAGUGUGCUACUGUGACACCUACUGUCAGAAAACCAGAGACUGCUGCGAGGACUACCAGCGUGUGUGCCAAAUAUCUGCAGCCAUUGAUUGUGUGGUGGGCUCAUGGGGUCCCUGGUCUUCAUGCACAUCUCCAUGCGGAGUUGGCAGCACAGAAAGGAGUCGCCAAGUAUCAAUUCCCCCUAGAAACGGAGGCACGCCCUGUCCAGACCUCAAACAGCGACGAGGAUGCUUUGGAAACAACGCCAUAUGCAGCACUGCGAAAGAGGUGGCAAAGAUCCUGCCUGAUUCUUUCAAGAGGAACUUCAAGGAUCCCUGGAGACGACCACACAUGCUGAUGAAGGAAGAGAAGGCCAGCUACUGCGUGUACCUGCGGCUGAAACAGGCCAGUGCAGCAUGUAAACUCCAACUGUGGAGUGCUCAGCUGGUGAGAGAGAGGCUGGUCUGUGCAGAGUGUCAGAGUGAUGCCAUGUCAAAGUCAGACCGCUGUGGAGGUGAUGGCCUGGAGAGCACCAGAACUUUCUGGUCAGCAGCUUCAGUCCCAGGCUGUCAUGGUUCCUGGGUACGAGAGUCAUCAACUGAGGGCUGCCGCUGUCCUCCCUACUCUGUGCUCUUUGUGUGAGCCGACACGCAAAAUCCCAGACAUCCGUACGCAGGGACAAGACUCCCUGCUAACUGUGGAGAGCCCUGCCAGCCAAGCCAGACCCCUCCGAUCCAGAUGACUGGAUGGGUAACUCAAGGACAUCAGCAGCAUCCUGCCACUUUAUCCUUUCACCUCAUAUACUCUGUACUGUAUACACUAUAUGCUAAGCACACAGAAAUUAUUGCAUUUAACUUCUGAUUUUACAGCCACGUUAUGUUCUUCUUCUUCUCCAAAGCACAGCAACAUAUAUAUACCUUUUUACCUCUGACUCUUUGCUAUCUACCUCCAUCAAUGCAAGUGCAUUUGUUAAUGCAUAAUGUAUAAAUAUAUAAAUAUAUUAUUUUGCUUUAUACAUUUUCUACUUUUGAUUGUUAUGUGUAUUGUAUAUGUGUCUAUAUAGCUACACUUAUUUGUAUCCAACAGUUUAAACACCAAACAGCAGUUGCUGCACCCAGCCCCAGUCACCUGCAGGCUAGAGAUGCUGAAAACAUAUUGUAUCCAUUGCUAGAAUCCUUGAGUCAAUAUUAUCUGUGUUUAACAGUUUUGUCCCUGUUAUUGUUUCUCUUCAGCAAAACAUUUAUGCCAGCAAGUCAAGGUGUAUAUCAGGUAUUGAUUCUCAGGUGCUUAGAUUUGUGUCUUUGUCUCCCACCAAGCUUCCUCUUUCAUGUCUGCCUCUUCUUAUGGUUAAGACACUGAUGUUUUUUUAGUAGUUUUAUAGUGUCUCAUCAGUCCCAUAUUGUUGGAGAGGAAAAAGAGCCAUUUAAGAGAAUUUCACUGUGGUUCUCUCUGUCCUCUGUGUCCAAGACUGAAAGGAAUUACUUUAUAACUGUUUUCUUUGACUCCACUGCCUUGCUCAGAAAUCCUAUUAAAUUCACAAGGGAGUUUAUUCCAUCAAAGUGACACCAUGUACAGCCAUGUUACUCCCAUUUUUUUUUUUUUUUUUUAUUAACAGAAUCUCCUCCCAGUACAACCCACAGCUCCUUGACCUGCACUUCUUUUUCAAAGAAAACUGUCAAUACACAGCGUUACCGUCUUGAUUUUUAAAAGCAGGAGUCAGUCACUUAGCUCUGUAUGCUUCCCCCACAUCUCUUGUACUGCUGGUUUAAGAUGAGGACACAUGUUACAUUACAUAGUGCCGGUAAAGGGCUUUUCUCUCUGGAAAGCUGUAUCUUUCUCUUUCUCUCCCACGUCUGUGUUUGUGUGUUUAUUUAUUAUAAAACAAGUGAUGACUUUAUUAUUAGUGCAGCACAGCAUACUCUGUACACUGUCCAUUAGUGAAAAUAAACAACUAUACUGUCA